AUGAGUAAUAAAACUUUACCAUAUUGUUGUGAACAUGGAUUAAAAGAUGAAGUUAUAGCAUUAUUAGCCAAAGGUGAAGAUGUAAAUCAAAAGGAUGGUUCAAAUAGAUAUCCACUUCAUUAUGCAGCAAUUGGUGGAUAUAUAGAGAUAGUUGCAAUGUUAUUAGAGAGAGGAGCAUUAGUAAAUUGUUCAACACCACGUGGAGCAACACCACUUCACUAUGCAAGUAGAGGUGGUCGUAUCGAAUGUAUUCAAUUACUCAUUGACAAUAAAGCAGAUGUAAAUUGCAGAGAUGGUGCAGGUAGUACACCACUUCAUACAGCUUUACAAUGCAAUGAAACUAAAUGCGCCAUUGCACUAAUUGAAACCUUUGGUGCAGAUGUAAACUUAAAAACCGCUGAAGGUUCAACUGCACUCCAUUUAGCUUCUGCUAGAGGUUUAGUACCUGUCAUUGUUGCUCUCUUGGAAAAUGGUGCUAGAGCUGAUGUUAGAGAUUCAAAAGAAAAUUCACCAUUUCAAUCUUUACCAAUUAAUUUAACUGAAAAUGAAAAAAAAGAAAAAAUUGAAAAUUCAAUUUCUCAAGAUAUUUCAAAAUUAUUUAAUAUUAAUAAAAAUAGAGAAUUUAGUGGUGUAGGAAAAAAAGAAGAUGAUGAUAAUAAUAUGAAGAUAGAUAAACAAGAAUCAGAACAACAAUCAACAUCAGAUAAACUUUAUUCAGAUAUAACAUUUUUAAUUGAAAAUCAAAAAGUUUAUGCACAUAAAUGUAUAUUACAAGCUAGAUGUCCAAAUUUUAUGUCAUCAAUUAAUAAUAAAAUAGAACAGCAACAAUCACAAAAACCAAUAGAAAUUAAAGAUUAUUCAUUUAAAUUAUUUUUAUCAUUCAUCGAGUGGAUAUAUACAGGAUCAAUUGAAAAGUUUGAAUCAACAUCAAAAUCAAUUGAUUUAUCAUUUCAAUUUUCAAUAUUAUUAAUGGGUGAAAAGUUUGAUUGUAAAGGAUUAGUAUCCUAUUGUAGAGAGUUUAUUAAGGAGAGCAUUGGUGAUAGUAAUGUUGGUUCCAUUUGGUCAAUCAUUAAAAAGUUACCAACUUCAACUCGUUCAAAUUUAGGUAACCUCGUUCGUGAUUGUUUAAUUACAAUGGUAAGGAGUUGGAACAUUUUCACAAUGACUAAAACUUUCUCAACUGAUAUCAAUAAAUCCGAUAUCAUUGAAAUCAUUAAAUCACUUGCUCCUUUCAUUACCGAAACUCCAAUCUCUGAAAUUAAACAGACUCGUACUGCAAAUGCAAAUGCUUCAAAUUCAAAUCAAUCUAAAACUCCUGCAAAACGUACUUCAACUACUAAUACCAAUAAUAAUAUACCACAACAAAAUAUUACAUCUUCAAAUAAUACACCACAACAAAAUACAUCAUCAUCAUCAUCAUCAUCGACAACUUCAUCAACACCUUCAAAAUCAUCAUCAUCAACACCUUCAAAAUCAACCUCAACUUCAUCAUCAUCAUCUUCAUCUUCAUCAUCAUCAUCAUCAUCAUCAUCAAAUUAUUCAGAUUCAAUGAAUGAAAAGAAUUUAACAUUUUGUAAAGGUUUAAUAAAUGGAAUGUUUAAAAAGAAAACAUCACUUGCAUUCCAAAGACCAGUUGACCCAUUGGCAGAAGGUAUUCCAGAUUAUUUCGAUGUUAUUAAACAUCCAAUGGAUUUAGGUACUAUCAAGGGUAAAUUGGAUAAUAAUGGAUAUUCAACUAUUAAAGAUUUUGCAGCAGAUGUUAGAUUAAUGUUUGAAAAUGCAUUAACUUAUAAUGCAGAUUCAUCACCAGUUUGGAAACAUGCUAAAACAUUACUCAAUGCUUUCGAUCAAAAGUUUUUACAAAAUUUCCCAAAUGAAAAACCUCCAACCUAUAAACCACCACCACCAACCCCAACUCCAAUCCCAACACAACAACAACAACAACAAUCAACUUCUUCAACAUCAACACCAACCUCUGAAAAAAAGAGAAAACAUGAUGAACAUGUUAAAGUAAAAGAAGAUACAAAUUCUGCCCAACCAACUUCUUCAUCUUCAAAUCAUACAAAUGGUGAAAAUGCUUCAUCUUCAUCUUCAUCAUCAUCUUCAAAACAAUCAAAUAAUAAUAAUAAUAAUAAUAAUAAUAACAAUAGUAAUUCAACAACAAAUUCAUCUUCAUCAUCAUCAUCAACUACUACAACACAAAAGAAAUACUCUGAUGAAGAAAGAAGGAGUUUAAUGGAAAGAAUUAAUGAAUUAGCUCCUGAUGAUGUUCAAGAGGUUUUAAAUAUUAUCGAUCCAAAUGCAAUCAAACAAGCUGAUGAAAGUCUUGAAAUCGAUAUGUAUCAAAUUGAUGAUAAAAAUUUAUCACAAGUUGAAUCAUUUAUUAAUGAAUGUUUUAAAAAACAAAAACAAGAUGAAUAA